AUGCCGUUAGAUACCUUUCAGUUUGCUAGGGCUGAAGCGGAAGCAUGGAAGCUAGCACAGCUCGGUCCAAAUCCGAUGGAGAGCAAUGUAUCCGUUGAACAAGCGCCCAAUGAAGCUGAAACUGUUAUACGUCCCCGGUGCCAGGUAGAUGCAUCAUGGACGUAUAAUAGCAGUUUCUUUGGAGGCGGCCUUGUUAUUGAAGCUGAAGAAAAUGUCACUUUCAAAGGAGCACUUACGAGUGCUCAAGUGGCGUCCCCUCUUCAGGCGGAAUUUCGCUCUCUGAUUUGGGCGAUGAAGAUGACCAGACGGCUUGGAUUGAAUUCUAUGUGUUUUGAGUCAAACUGUCUUGAGUUGGUGAGACUGAUCGAAAAAGAUGAAGAUUGGCCCUCGUUGGCACUUGAAUUGGAAGAGUUUUAUGCAACCUUUAGUUCCUUUCAUUUGUGCUCCUUAGUUUACAUUCCACGUGUUCUUAAUGUCCGUGCCGUCCGUGCCGAUGCUCUUGCAAAAGAGGCUCGAGCCCGAGAUUGUUUCUCUUCCCAUGUAAAUCUUAUUUCGCCAAGUGAAUUAGCUAUUACAGCUAAUUCAAACGGCAUUGUUUAA